CCUGAGGGACGGCAUGAUGCGGGUCGUCCUGUUCUGCUGCUGCCUUUCCUCUCUGCACCUCCUGCUCUGCGCCGCGCCGCUGACCCAGGGUGGCACCAUCAGCCUGCAGGGAUCGCCUCACAGCAGCAGCCAUGUUGUCCUAAAGCGGAGGGGUCCACACAAACAGGACACUCUGACCCAAGUGGACCAGUCAAAGUCCGUUUUGCCGUCCAGAAAUGAGACAGGGUUCUGGAGCCGUCCUCGCUGUGGCGUCCCCGACUACCCCAGAGUAACUCCACUCAACGGGUCAAAGGUCCUGAAGAGCAGCAGAAAGGAGCGCAACAAAAGAUUUGCUCUGUUUGGAGGACGCUGGGACAAAACCCACCUCACCUACCGGAUUGUUCGUUUUCCCUGGCAGAUGAGUGAAGACAAAGUUCGGCGCAUCCUGGAGGAGGCCUUUGGGGUCUGGGGUGCGGUCACUCCUCUGACGUUCAGAGAGGUCAUCAACGAGAGAGCGGACAUCAUCAUUGACUUCAACAGGUACUGGCAUGGUGAUGACCUCCCGUUCGACGGUCCUGGAGGAAUCCUGGCCCACGCUUUUUUCCCUCGCACGCUGAAAGAGGGAGAGGUCCACUUUGACUACGACGAACAUUGGACGGUCGGCAACGGCGUCGGUACCGACCUCCUGCAGGUGGCGGCCCAUGAGUUCGGCCAUGUUCUGGGCCUGCAGCACUCUCUGGAGCCCGACGCGGUCAUGUGUCCCUUCUACAGCGACUCCUACCCUCUGAAGCUCAGCGAGGACGAUAAGAGGGGCAUCCAGUAUCUAUACGGACCGCCGCAGUACACAACGCCUGACAUGACAGAGACCAACGAGAUCCAACCUGAACUGCCGGACGCCUGCAGGACAAGCUUUGAUGCCGUGUCCAUGAUCAGGGGAGAGCUCUUCUUCUUCAGGUCUCGAUAUGUUUGGCGAAUCCGUGACAGGCGUCUGCAAGGCGGCUACCCGGCCUUGUCCUCGCGCCACUGGAGCGGCAUUCCUGACUACAUCGACGCAGCAUAUGAAGACAAGUCUGGGAACAUCUGGUUCUUCCAAGGCGACACCUACUGGGUGUUUGACGCUGGGCGCAGGAUUUCUGGCCCAGACUCCCUGCAGCGGCUCGGCCUUCCUGUCACCGACAUCCAGGCGGCUCUGCGGUGGGAGGACGGCGGCUCGGAGAAGGUCUACCUCUUCAAGUCUUCGUUUUACUGGUCCUUCAACGUCCAGGAGAACCGCGUCAGUGACCUCCAUCCGCGCAGCGCGCACGAGUGGGCGGGACUUCCUGGACACGUCGACGCCGCCUUUCUGGACAGCUACGGUUACGCCAACUUCCUGAGCGGGCUGUACUACUGGAAGUUGGACCCGGUGGCACUAAAGGUGCUGGACGGAUACCCGCGCAGAAUCGGGACGGAUUUCUUCGGCUGCUCCGAAUCUGCAUAAAUACGUAAACUAAUUCGUAAACAGAAUAAUCUGCUGAGUCACCGUUGUUUCGUCAGAAUGUAAACUCCUCACCUCUGGUCCCUCCCAGCUGCAGCCGGGCCCGGUUCUGAUCCGGUCCAGUUGGACCUUCAGGAGGCACAUCCACUGAGUGUUGAUCAAACGGUCGCUAAGUUUGAUUGUUAAAGGUGCUAUUUCAGGUCAGAGCCGCUAGAGCUACAGACCUAGAGCAGUUCUCACUUAUUGUUGCUUCAGUCCUAAAGAAGAGUCAGUUUUAUUUUUCUAUGUCUUCGUUUUUCUAUUUAAAGUGUCUGAUCAGUGCAGGACGCUGAUGACUCUUCCCACCAGUAAAACAUACUGGUGCUAAACCAGUUCUGGUGACUUUAUGUGCUGUGGGAAAGUUUGAAAUCAUUAGCAGGUUCUGGAUACAUAGAUCUCUAGAUCUCUAGAUCUAUAGAUCUCUAGAUAUAUUUUGUCUGUUUCACUUUCUGAAACAGACAAAAUAAUCCAUUUAAAGCUGAAAAUCUCAAACAAUCUC